AUGAAGGCUAGGCCAACACUGAGUGUCGUGGCACCGGACAGAGGAGACGACUACGACGACAAGUUCGAAGCUUCGUGUGACAUCGGGGAGACGACUCUGUACAAAGCCGGUCUUAGGAUCAACAGUUCAGGUGUCACAUUUGCGGACGGCAAACCAGGACACAAAGAGGAUGACGAUGAAGUUGACGAGUGCGUUGUGGAGACACGGAAGCUCGUGGCGCUGGACAAACUGGAGACCGUCGGUAUGAUUGGAAGGGGCAGUUCUGGACAAGUUUUCAAAGCGCGACACAGCGAAUCGAACGUUCUCUAUGCUGUCAAAGUGGUGACUAACGUGUUCGACAAGCCGAGACGCGACCAAUUGCUGACCGAGAUCCGUACGCUGUAUGGCAUCGAGAGUGACCAUCUUGUGGGGUUUUACGGCGCAUACUUCCAGGACCACGCGCUUAGUAUCGUGCUGGAGUUCUGUGCCUUGGGGUCACUAGAUCAACUACUGGCGCGGUUGCCUCGAGAUGACGACGUUGUACCUGAGCGAGUAAUUGCAGCCAUCGCAAUGCAGAUACUGACGGGACUCGCCCAUCUCAAAAGGGUUCGCCAUGUUCAUCGCGAUAUCAAGCCUCAGAAUAUCCUCGUGCAACAGGACGGAGCUGUGAAACUCACGGAUUUUGGACUCGCCCGUGAGCUGAGUUCGUCCACCAGUAUGGCUCAAACUUUUGUGGGAACUUUUAAGUACAUGGCGCCGGAACGUGUGCAAAACGAACCCUACGACUACAAGUCGGACAUUUGGAGUCUCGGUCUCGUACUCAUCGAGUGCGCGACACAAACAUUCCCAUACGCUAACGCCCGGAGCUACAUCGACGUGGUCCAGAGUAUUGUUGAAAGUCCUGAACCUAGUUUGCCGGAGGUUGACGCUAACGGCGAGUUAUUCACUCGUGAGUUUCACGACUUCAUCGGUCGAUGUCUGAAGAAAGAGCCUUCCGAGCGUGCGUCGGUCGAAGAACUUCUCGACUCGUCAUGGCUUCAGCUCCAUAACGCGACGAGUACUGAACGUUCGGUUCGACGCUGUGCUACGUGGCUGGAGCAACUUCGUUUCGUGAACGAGGAUGCAUCCGAAGCAAAAGAUUCGCGUCACGAGGAGCAACACGACGCUAAACAGCUCAAGGCGAAGCAGCACGACGAAGAAGAGGAAAUCGAAGAAGCCAUCGAAGGGAGCGAGCACGGCAAUUGA